GAUUGUUUCAAUUUUUAAAAAAAAAAUUUUAUUUAAAAGAAGUUAUAAACUAUUUUGUCAAAGAAUUUUUACAAAUUAUUCAGAGCUAUCGAAUUUUAAAAACUUAAGAUUGAUUUAUAAUGUUUCAACAACCAAUACUAAAAAUUGCAAUUUAAUUUCAAGUGAUAAAUCAUUGAAUUUGAAUAUCAUUUUAGGUUCAAGAAUAAUUAAUGAGAGAAGUUUACAAGGAGUAAUGGGAACAGUUUUUCAAACAAAUUUAUUUGAUUAUAGACUAAUGAGCAAAAAUAAUAAGGUUAAAAUUAACGAUAUAAAUUAUAGAAGAAGAGGAAUACCAUCGCAGAAUAUAGAGACUAAAUUAGUAGAUUAUAAAUUGUUAAAUGACCAGUUUUUAGCAGAAGAUAAUUCAGGAGAGUUAUGUAUAAGGGGAUUUGGUAUCGGUAGACCAAUGGAUAAAGAGGUAUUAGAAAAUGCAAUAAAAGAGGGAGAAAGAGUUGGAGGAGAUGGAUGGAUGUCAACUGGAUUAAUCGGCAGUUGGAAUAAAGAUGGGUGUUUUUAUGAAAAAUUGUAUUAAAUUACUGUAAUAAAUUAUUGUAAUGGAUUAAUCGAAAUCCAUUGAUAAAUCUCUUUUUAAUUGUUUGACAUAGUAAGCUUUUUUAAAUUUUAACAUAAUAAAGAUUAAAACAAUAAGAGUCAAUGAUAGUAUAAAUAAAUAAGUAAUUGAAUAAGUUGAGCUAUUCAACAGAUCGUUGAUUGAUUUUUGAUAAGCUUCGAUGAUA